AUGGUGACUACAGCAGUCCUUCUAGUUGAGAAUGCCUCACCAAACAGUAUAACAGCUUUUCAUGAUGCUAUAUCGAAUGAGAUUCCAAACAUCUUGGGGAGAUGGUCCUUUGAACUAAAGAUCUUCAAAAGCAAUACACAGCACUUACAAUCUUCACAAUCAAACUUUCUCUAUAACUUAUCAUUGGGUCAUCAGCCCAAUAAAGUCGUCACAUUAGUCAACAAAUCGGCCAUAGUCACGACAUCUGACAUUCCAAAGCCAUUGAUAGAUAAUGGAUGCUCCAAUGGAUCAGUUGAUAACCUGGAUCAUAUUAUACAAACAAAGCUACAAAGUCUAUGGCUUCUAAGGCAAACGUUGAAAGGUGAAAAUGGGAACAGCUAUGAAUUGAUGAAUAGUAACUUGAUCAUUAGAACCAUAAAUGUCUUUUUACACGGAACUUUCAAGGCCUUUUUGAUUCAAUUGGAAUAUUCUGGUACAGGAAAUGGACGUGAAAAGAUUGAAGAGUUCACAAGUCUGCUGAAUAUACCUGGUGGUAAACUAUGUACUGGAAUUUUGAAUGAGAAACCAGAUUAUUUGGGAGAUCUUGCGUUACAGUACACCGAUGCCCUUCAGUUUUGA